CAACGAUUCCGGGAACAAUAACACAGCGAGCAAGACAUAUUUGAUGCUGCACUCGACCUAAACUAUCGCAACAAUGGCUUCAGAACCAGAGCUGCUGGAGUACUUUCUUGCCCCGCCAAUUUCUCUCGAGAUUGCUCAUACGCUGACCCUGCUGUUCGCGGCGGCAUACGUCGGGUCUUUGUAUCUCUCGAAGUAUACCCGGCUUUCCUUCUCAGACAAGUCCAUACGCGUUGGAAGCGGCGGUUCGAAGGAGAGGGGAGCCAACGAGAGGUGGAGGGACGACCCGGACGUUAUCCGAGCUAGGCUGGCGAUUGUCAGUCUGGUUACCGUGUUUUGCUGCUUCGUGGUAUAUGCAGUCAUACGCGCGGUAUCUUGGUAUAAGGUUGGCGUGUUUUACUCGACGAUAGUCCGCCUGGGCUUCCACCUUUCCUCUGUGGAAUCGGUGUACCCUUUCCUGCUCGCGCCUCUGCUCUACCUGGGACCGAUCUAUGCAUCGUAUCUCGGGGAACAUCUACCGUUUCAAUUCUACUUUUCGUGGAGAAGGGAUGUCGUGGAUACGUUCAUCUCAUGGCAAGGCGUUCGGAACUAUGUUCUUGGGCCUAUAACAGAAGAAAUUGUGUUUCGAGCUUGUGUGCUGUCGCUAUACCACUUGGGCGGUGCGUCUAGGACCUGGAUGAUCUUCGGCUCGCCGAUCUCUUUCGGCUUUGCUCACCUGCAUCAUGCCUGGGAGAUAUACAAUCGCUAUGGGCGGACACGCACUGCCCUGAAGAAUGCAGCCUUGACAACCUUAUUUCAACUGUCAUACACAACACUCUUCGGCGCGUUCUGCGCUUAUCUAUUCUUGAUAACAGGGUCCAUCUACCCGCCCAUAUUCGCGCACAUCUUCUGCAACGUCAUGGGCCUCCCGCAGAUUGGCCUGGAGAUCAGGCGGUUCCCUGCCCACAAGCAGUCCAUCAUGGUGGCAUACUGCAUAGGUAUCAUAGGCUUUGCCUUUGCAUUGCGCCCGUCGGCCUUCGCGCGUUUGAGUAGCAUGUAUUGGCGGUCUGGGAGUAUGGUCGGAUGGUUCUGA